CAGUUCACAUCAUCUUCGAUAUGAACGAAACAGCCUCUACCACUAAAAAUCGAGGUGAAAGAUAUCCUUUGAUUGGAUGCAUCGAAGUCACUGCAAUUAGCAACCGGUUUCAGGUUUCAUCCAUACCAUAACCAAAACGUAUUCUGAAUAAAUAUAGAUUAUUUUUCAAACACAAGCUCGUUGCCGGCUGUAUCGUGAGACUAAUGGAUUCAGCUAUACGUAUGGCAGUGCCCAGCGAUGCCUCACUCGCGUGAGCAUCUCAUCAUUGUUAAAGCCGUAUGUGCGUUUGAUAUCUAUUAUGGCUGCGGGAUGCACAAUAUAAGUAUUGAUAGAGACAACAUGGAUAGUGAGACGUUUCUCACGGCAUUUAUCAACCCAGGCUGAGGUUCCAUAAAACUUUUGACGAAGACUCCUGAAACAUGGGAUGUCUCGCACCGCCCUGGUGCGAUAGCUCCAGCUCACCAUGGUCGUCCUUCUCGCUGCUGUCCAUUUCAUUUGUUGACAUAAAAGGACGGGGCGGAAAGGCUUAUUUAUUUAGCGCCAAGUACUCCGUAUGUUUCCCGUCCUGCAUUUUGUUCCUCGACGGCUGGGGCUCAUAGGACCUAGCACCACACAAACCACAAGAUAAAGAUAGCGGAGACUCUUGGGGCGGAAAUGCUGUCAUGAAUGGCACUUCUUUACAACCGUGGCGCUUAGAGAGAGUCAACCGGUAUCACUGCUCUCAUGUCUGAUGGGUGUACUGUAUGUACACAUGUACACAGGGGCAUCUUUGGCCAAGCAAGGUUCUCUGUGUCCAAUCACGAUUAAUCUUUGGGCUGCGGCUCUCGUUGUGAGCCUGUGAUAGGCAUGCAUAGCUAGCUGCCUGCAAGCCAAGGGCGCUCAUCCCGCUGAUACGUGGGCAAGAUUAGCCGCCACGGAAGACUUCGUGGCAAGGCUGUAGGGGCUGAUGCUUAGUCGAGCUCCGAUCUUUAAAUAUCUCGAGGCUCACCCGCCCCUGGGGAAGAAAGGUCCUGACUCGAUGGAGUCACUGUGAAAUUCCUAGGGUAUUUGGUGAAUUUCACUGGAGAAACGCCCGAGAAAAAAAAUGCUUGUGGACGUCACAGAAAAGAUUGGCGAUGUUAUAUCACGGCGGCAGCAGUCGACGCUGGAGGAGGAGUUGCGCCAGCAACCUUCUAAUUCCGUCCGUAUCGCCUUUGCCGGCAUGAAGAAAGAUUGCGAAAAAUGGAUAGCGAAUAACCCAAAUGCUAUCACAAAACUUCCAAUCCCUCAUCAGUUUUGGGCCACUUGCACGGAAGAUUUGAACGGAUGCUCCAAUGCCAUAUAUUCCCAUGGUGGUUACGGAGAGCUUGUAAACCUUGAUACAUGGUCUUGCUUCAAGCUCAAAGAAGCCUCCAGCGACAAGAAAUAUGUUUGGUAUCAAAUGACAAUGUUCAUCAGAUGGAACCCGAUUAAACAAACUACUUUUAUCUUUUGUUCGGACUUCCUCCAAUGCCUGCGAGACGGAUUGAACCGUCGUAUAUCUUCUGUCGGCCCAAGUGACCCAUUUACCUGGCACGCUUCUUUUGUUGACGAGCUUCGGUUGUUAUACGAUAAUUUUUUUUGGAAGUUCCGGAAUUUAGUCCGCGAUGCAGAGAAGGAACGAAACGAGCCCCAGGCGACCGGGCCCAAUUUCCCAAGACUUCACGAUAUUGCAAGACAUGUGAUUCACUCAGUUGAAAUUCUUGAUGUUGCGAUAGAGACAGUGGACAGCAUCCUCCACGAACAUGACCUAUUUAUCUCAAAUGAAGGGAGCACUGUCGCUUUCCCAAUACCAGAUUUAAAAGCAAACGACGUUACGCGACGCCUGUACUAUCAUUCUAGGGAACUUCGUGCGAUUAAAGCACGAUCCGCUUCUCUAUACGAUCGACUAAAGAAUGAAAUUAGCCUUGUGAGAUCCCUCUUUUAUGGAACGUUGUGAUGGCGAUGAUGUAUUGCUCACCUCAAUCUAUCGCAUUGUAGUCAUUCAACCUCGUCUCGCAAACAGACACGGCCGCAAUGAAAAUUAUAUCCGCCGUAGGCUUGAUUUUUCUCCCCGGAACAUUCAUAUCGGCAAGUCUCACUAGCACCUAUGUUUAUUAUGUUCAACCGUUUAACGUGUGAACACCGCAGACUCUAUUUGGCAUGAACUUCUUCGAUUUCUCCGUUGACGAAGACACGGGGAAACAAAUUUUUGCCAUGUCAGAUAAAUUUUGGGUUUACUGGGCAAUAUCGCUUCCAGUGACCGCGGCAGUUUUACUGGCUUGGGUCCUUUACGAUUACUCGUACUUGAUAACCAGCAAGAUCAAAAAACCAUUAUUGGAAGAUUCCAAAUUCAAGGAGAUAUUGAAGCUUGGAUCGUUUUUCAGGAGAAAGGAAAAACAGUCCGAUGCGAAUUCGCCGACGUAGCACAGAGGAGAGAGAUUGCAACUCUGUGCUUCUAUGGCCUCCGGAUCGGUAAAGGAGGCUGCGAUCGGUAUGAAUAGUAUCACAUCAAUCUGGAGGCCCGAGAACCCCGACUGGCCCAGAUAUUUGCUAAAAACUGACACCAUUUGGAUUUCGAGAAAAAAAAUAAAAAUAAAAAAUAAAAAAAUAAAAAAUAAAAAAAAGACCAAAGAAAGAAAGAACAAAGAUCGAAGUUGGAUAAUGCAAGAGCGCCCAAAUUUUGGAGUGAUGUACAACGACUAUAUAUGACAAGCGGAUUACAUGGAAGCGAAUAUUUAUUUUUUCUUCUUGGAUAUUCAGGGUUAAGCAUUUAUCUGAAAUCUAAUAUUGUCCUCGACUUUUCCGGCCAUGUUAACAUGCACCAAAUUGUACUUGUACUCUGCAUGUGCAAUACAUCAGUUCAAAAUUUAUCAGAGAAGACAUGCCAUAAUAUAAGCACAUGGAAGCAUUUUCUGUGAAUUAAAA